AUGACACCCCCCUGCCGCGUCUUCCCCGCCUCAGAGCUCGAGUCCGAGAUCCAGACGACGGACGGACAGCGCCUGCGCAAGGGCGGCGGGCGGAUCGACCUGUCGGCGUGCGAGCUGCUCGCGAUGGUGCAGUACGAGUGCCAGAUCGACCGGCCCGAGCUGGCCAACAGUCCCGUGUGGUGCUGGCCUGUGCAGCGCUGGUUUCGCCGAUGUCAAGAUAAGAAGGGUGGUAGUUUUAUGGUCGAGACUACGAUAUGGGAGGAGAGCAGGAAAAAGGGAAAAGAAAAAGACAAAGAGUGA